CGUCGGGGCACGGCGCUGGCGGGAGGCGGCCGCUCCGCAGAUGCCGCUCGCUCGUUGCCGCGCUCACGUCGCGGAGCCGGGGCUGCCGGUGAUAGCGGGGCUGCCGGUAAUAGCAGGGCUGCCAGGGCUGCGGAGCAGGGAUUCAGGUCCUCAGCGCGGCUUUGAGACGCACCCAGCACUGGGAGUACUGGCCAUAGGCUGGUGGGGCAGCCAUGACAGAUGUGCUCAGGUCCAGGUACCAGCAGACCCUCGUCCAUCUUGCCUGGAUGUUCCUGUUUUCCACCAUGCCGUGGGGCCAAGGUGCUGGAGAAGACCUUUGAGGAGUGGAUGCGGUACCGUGAUGAGUGCUUGAGGAGGAUGGCGAGUGAGCCCUACCCAGCAGGGCUCUUCUGCAACCGGACAUUUGACAUGUAUGCCUGCUGGCCCGAUGGGAGCCCCGGCACUGCCGUCAAUGUCUCCUGCCCCUUCUACUUGCCCUGGUUUGAGAAAGUGAAACACGGCCUGGUGAGCCGCAGGUGCGGCACCGAUGGGCAGUGGGUGAUGGUGAACAACAGCCAGCCCUGGCGGGACUACUCGCAGUGCGAGGAGGAGAUGGAGUCAGCUGCUGAGGAGGAAGGAGCCCACCAGCUGAUGGUGAGCUUCAAGGUGCUCUACACUGUGGGGUACUCGCUGUCACUCCUGACCCUCAUCUCUGCCCUGCUCAUCCUCACCAUCUUCAGGAAGCUCCGCUGCACCAGGAACUACAUCCACGCCAACCUCUUUGCCUCCUUCGGGCUGCGAGCGACCUCGGUGAUGGUGAAGGAUGCACUGCUGGAGAAACACUGGGGCAUGGAGGUGGUGCAGGUGGCCGACUGGGAAGCCCUGCUGAGCCAUGAGGCGGCGCUGGGCUGCCGGGCGGCACAGGUGCUGAUGCAGUACUGCAUCCUGGCCAACCACUACUGGUUCCUGGUGGAAGCUGUCUACCUCUACAAACUGCUGAUCGGGGCCGUCUUCUCCGAGAAGAACUACUACAGGCUCUACCUCUACCUGGGCUGGGGGACCCCCGUGGUGUUCGUGGUGCCCUGGAUGGCUGCCAAGUACCUGAAGGAGAACGCAGAGUGCUGGGCGCUGAACGAGAACAUGGCUUACUGGUGGAUCAUCCGCAUCCCCAUCCUGCUCGCCUCCCUGAUCAACCUGCUGAUCUUCAUGCGGAUCCUCAAGGUGAUCCUGGCCAAGCUUCGUGCCAACCAGAAGGGUUAUGCAGACUACAAGCUGCGGUUGGCCAAAGCCACGCUCACCCUCAUCCCUCUCUUCGGGAUCCAUGAAGUUGUAUUCAUCUUUGCCACCGAUGAGCAAACCACAGGCAUCCUACGCUACAUCAAGGUGUUCUUCACCCUCUUUCUCAACUCCUUCCAGGGUUUCCUGGUGGCCGUGCUGUAUUGCUUUGCCAACAAGGAGGUGAAGUCAGAGAUGAAGAAGAAGUGGCAGCUCUGGAAGCUCGACCACCCAGUGCUCUGCUGUGCUCAGUGAUGCAGUGACCAGCCCCACGGAGCCACAGGAGAGGGGCUGUGGGGAAGCCGUGCUAGGGCAGCACCUCAUGGUGGGACAGGUGGGACAGUGUCUCAGCUGUGCUGCACCUGUGAGCACUAGAGCUGCUGGAGAGGACAUUCCCCCACUGCAGUCCAAGGGGGAGGCAGGCACCCUCAGCUCACACCAGACAUCACUGUCCCUCAGAGGAGCCUCCCCUUGCUCAGGUUUGAUGAGCUGCAUAGAGAGAUGUGCCUGCUGCUGCCGGUACACCAUCAGCAGCCCCCUUCCUAGGCAUCUGCAGGGGGAGCCUGGCCCUCACCGUCAGAGGACACAGAACAGGGAAUAGGAGACACUGCUCAGUCUGGCACUGCUGCCCAGACCUGCUGCCCCACUGAACAGACAUCUGCUGUGCCCAGGGCUGUGACAGCACUGCUCCCACCCAGGGCAUCACCUUCAUGCUCUCCUUGCCCUAAGCAAGGACCAUCUCACCAGCACCCUGAGACCUCCAAGAUAUCCAGCCUGGAGGCAUCCUGCAAAGCUCUUCAGAGCAAGGUGCUGCUUGUGCACCUUCUCAACACCAUCCUCACUAAUGCAGAGCUUCGCAUCAGCACCUGCUGCGCUCCUUAUUGCUCCCCAGCUGCACAAAACACUAGCUUUCCUCCUCUUGGAGCUCCUCCUGCAGCACAGACCCCCUCACAGCAAGUCCAGCCAGGGCAGCACAUACACGUUUCCUGCAGUGCUUGAGCACUUUGACUGUUGUAUUUACCCCCUGUGUUAAGGAUAGCAUUGCUUCUCCUUUGCUGGCAGGGAGAAAAAAAAUUAAUCACAAGGGAGACGGAAGGACUUGAGAGCACCAGUCACCCCCAGCCAGGCUGGGAGCUGAGCCCAACCUCCCACUGCCCAGGCCCAGCCCAGUUGCCUGACCUUGGCAGCAAGGAGAGCUGUGGACUCUUGGGCAGGAGGCACCCUCAGCUUGGGAACUGUUCUGCUGACAAAAAGCUGGGUGUUUCUGAGCUCAGCUGUGGAACAGUUGGGGAUCAAGGCGUUUGCUUCCCAGUAGGGUACCAAAGCACCAGGUGCCUGCCCUACCCCAGCAGCACAGUGAGCCCAGGAGUAUCCACACCUCUGCCAGCCAAGUAUUAAGGCUGUGCAGUUUGAGCAGUGCCGUUUGUGCGUGGCUGCACACAUCUGGCUAUCUGCCCCUGCCAUGGGCCAGGGCCUAGUGCUCUCCACCAAGAGCUGAGAGCAGCAGCAGAUGCCACCAGCACACACCCCACCCUUACCUUCACCAGCAGGACAGACAUGCUGCUGAGUCCAUUGUUCCUACCACCUGAUGCUUCACCUCACAGAAAAGGCCACACCAGGAGGGAAAAAGCAGCUUUUACUCUCUACUACAUGCAAGUGGACACAGGUGGUUCUUCAUCUCCAGUCCCUCCACCCCCAGGUUGGAGGAAACACCUCUUGCAGACACAGCAUCUCUAACAGGGCGCCUUGACCACAGACAGAGGCUGCGCCAGACUCAGCAGCAGCUGGCUUCAAGGUUGAAGAGCCAUGCAGGAGUUUUCCUGGAUCAAUGUAACCCCUGUGAGACCAUUUUGCACAUUAACUCUCUUUUCAGGUGUAAAUAAAUGUUUUUUUCAGCAAGCAGA